AUGGCCAAUAUUACCUUGGUGACAAAAUUCCUCCUUAUGGGGUUUUCUGGUGUCUAAGAGCUUCAGAUUUUCUAUGGUCUGCUCUUUCUGAUGAUGUACUUGGCAAUCCUUAUGAGUAACCUUCUCAUUGUCACUCUCAUCACCCUGGACUGGCAGCUGCAAACACCCAUGUAUUUCUUCCUUAAGAACUUGUCCUUGUUAGAUGUCCUUGUAUCUGUCCCAAUACCAAAUUUCAUUGUCAACAGCCUGACACACAACAAUUACAUUUCUAUUCUAGGAUGUGCCUUCCAGGUACUUUUAAUGACUUCUUUCUCAACAGGAGAAACGUUUGUCCUCACUGCCAUAUCCUAUGACCGCUAUGUGGCCAUCUGCUCUCCUCUGCACUAUGAGGCCAUCAUGAAUGGUAGUGCCUGUGCUCUGAUGGCAGGAGUUUCCUGGACCACUGGAGGACUCUUUGGAGCUGUGUACACAGCUAGCACAUUCUCCAUGCCUUUCUGUGGCUCCAGUGUUAUCCCACAGUUUUUCUGUGAUGUUCCCUCAUUACUAAGGAUGUCUUGCUCUGAAACACCCAUGGUUGUUUAUACAAGUGUUGGAAUUGGGAUGUGCCUAGGUGUGUCUUGCUUUAUCUGUAUAGUGAUCUUUUAUGUUUACAUUUUCUCCACUGUGCUAAAGAUUCCCACCACUAAAGGUCAGUCAAAAGCUUUCUCCACAUGCAUCCCCCAUCUCAUUGUUUUUACUGUUUUUAUCAUAACAGCUUGUUUUGUUUAUCUCAAUCCACCUUCAAAUACAACCUCAUUUAUUGACAGGCUGCUCUCUGUGGUCUAUACUGUGUUGUCCCCCGCACUUAAUCCUGUGAUCUACAGCUUGAGGAACAUGGACAUGAAAUGGGCUCUGAUGAGGUUGCUACAAAAACUCCAGGUCAAGAGGCUGACUUCUUUUACAAUUCCAAGUGUUUUUCAGUGA